AAUGAAAAAGUUUGAAAAAGAAAAACAAUACAUGUUCAGAAAUUAGUAACUCACAUUUAAGUUUUACAACAGUGUUUCAGUAGAUGUUUUGUCCAAAUAUAAAGAGCCAAAGAUUCUUAUUUAUUUAUUUUUUUUCUUUCAAAUCAGUAAACACACACCCGUGUUUUUAACUAUACAUCUCACACCCUUUUGUCUCAUUUGCUUGUUCUUCUUACCUACGGAUAUUACACAACUCAUCUCAUUCUGUGUUUUUAGAGAUAACCCUUUUGAUGCAUGGAAAGUGGAAGAAAAUUUCAUAUAACAAAAAAGGGUUGUUUUCUAUAAUCAGAAAUCAACUAAAGUUGUUAUCUUUAUCUGUUUGUUUCUGUUUUCAUUUUCUCUCUCAGCUUAGGAUAAAGAAGAUUUUGCAAAGAGAAAAAUGGACCCUUUUGUAAUCUAAUAUAAUAUAUUCUAACAAAGAAGAAAGAAAACCAAAAAUAUGCCAACAGUGUGGUUUUCUUUGAAGAAGUCACUACAUUGCAAAUCAGAACCAUCAGAUGUACAUGAUCCACAAACAAGGAAACAUUUGAGUACAAUCUUAACAAAAAGAGGAGGAGGAGGAGGAGGUAGAUCAGGUUGUUCAAGGUCAAUAGCAAAUCUAAAAGAUGUUAUUCAUGGAAGCAAAAGACAUAUUGAAAAGCCACCAAGUUGUAGUCCAAGAUCUAUAGGUAGCAGUGAGUUUCUAAACCCAAUAACUCAUGAAGUUAUUUUGAGUAACUCAAGGUGUGAGUUAAAAAUCACUGGAUUUCAAGAAGGUAUUGGAAACAAUGCUAGUGGUGGUAGUAGUAGUAGUAGUGGUGGUGGUGGUUCUUCAACUUUUGUUGGUACUUUAAGACCUGGUACACCUGGUCCUGGAGGACACCCUACAAUGCAUUACUUUAACCCUUCUUUUAGGACUUCUUCAACUCCUCCAAGGAAAUCUCCUUUUCUUUUGUCAGAAGGGUCUGGUUUUCAUGGUGCUACUGCUGCUGGUGUUCAUUCAAGUAAUAGGAUGUCCCUUGAGACAGAUUCUAAUGGUUCUUCAACUGUUACUUGUCACAAAUGUGGUGAACACUUUAACAAAUGGGAAGCUGCUGAAGCUCACCAUCUCUCCAAACAUGCUGUUACUGAACUUGUGGAAGGAGAUUCAUCAAGGAAAAUAGUGGAGAUAAUAUGCAGGACAAGUUGGUUAAAGUCAGAAAACAACUGUGGUAGAAUUGAAAGAGUUUUGAAGGUACACAACAUGCAAAAAACUUUAGCUAGAUUUGAAGAAUACAGGGAAAUGGUGAAAAUCAAAGCAAGCAAACUCCAGAAGAAGCAUCCUAGGUGUCUUGCUGAUGGGAAUGAACUUUUAAGGUUCUAUGGAACCACUGUUUCUUGUUCUCUUGGUCUCAAUGGUUCUUCAAGCCUAUGCCUAUCAGAAAAAUGUUGUGUUUGUAGAAUUAUUAGGAGUGGUUUUUCUGCUAAGAAGGAGUUGAAAGGUGGCAUAGGUGUUUUCACAACAUCUACAAGUGGAAGAGCUUUUGAAUCUAUAGAGAUUUUAGAUAAUGAACCAUCAUUAAGAAAAGCAUUGAUAGUAUGCAGAGUAAUUGCUGGUAGGGUUCAUAGGCCACUUGAGAACAUUCAAGAAAUGGCAGCACAAACUGGAUUUGAUUCAUUGGCUGGAAAAGUAGGUCUGUAUUCAAAUAUUGAGGAGCUUUAUUUGCUUAAUCCUAGAGCUCUUCUUCCUUGUUUUGUGGUAAUUUGCAAACCAUGAACCCAAAAAAGGAUUAGAGUCUCUCUCGGUACAUGUUUGGAUUAACAGUGAAUUUGGCAGAAUCACCGUGUAUUAUCAUGAUUUUUAGUUUAAAAAACUACACAUUAAAGCUUCAACAAAAGCACCACAGCACUGUGAUUUCUUCAAAAUCGCCAUGAUUUCCAAACAUGCACUUACAUACUGUAUUGUGUAGUAUUAUGAACCCCUACCAUCCCCCCUAUUUUGGCCUUUCUAUGGAGGUUCUUUGCCCUACAACUUUUGAAGAUUUUUGAUUAUUUUUUGUCAAGUCACCAAUGCUUGUUCAUGUUAAAUAUUAAUUGUAUGAACCUCCUAUUCAUACAUUUGUAUUUUUUUUCUUCUUAAUGACAGUGAAUAUUUUUACAUCUGCAGCAAGAAAUUUGAAUUGUCACAACCAGAAAUAAAUAUGAAAGACUUGUAAUGUAAAAUUAUGUCAUCAAAUUUAUGGUCAGAUUUAAUAACUAUCCAUAGUUUAUUUUCA